AGUCUGCCGGAGUUGCCAGUCUGCAACCAUGUCUGGGCCGAUGAAGAAACCACGUGCCGUCUUUCCAGAGGAGGAGUAUGUCCCAGAGGAGAGUGAUGAGGAGAUGGAGCAGGACGAGAUGAUCGGGCAAAUGAUUAAUGUGGACUUUGAAGGUUUUCCUGCGAGUGAUUCAGACUUUCAUGGAAUCAAGAGGUUACUCCAGCAGAACUUGAGAGGCCUUGAUGUUGACAUUUCUGGAAUUGCAGAUACAGUUAUAUCACAGAACUAUGUAGGAUCAGUUAUCAAACAAGUUGGAGGUGAAGAUGAUGGUGAGGAUGAGGAGGAAAAUGAAGGAAUGAUUAACGGUGAGGAGGACAAAGACGAAGUGUUUGGUGUAACGUCUGUCAUAAAUCUCACAUCCAGAAAGGUAAGAUUUAGUUACCCAUUGGAUGCAGAUAGCAUGAUUAUAUGUAAUGUCCAUUUAGUUAAUUUUGUUUACACAGCGAUGUCACCACAACUGCUUAGUAACCAAGGACUUGAUUACUUGCCCUACCUAUCUCACCUGUUUACACUUUUCCUUGGUAGGGGUUUAAUAACUGUAUCAUGGUAUCUGUAACUAAUCAUGGUAUCA